ACUUGUUGAUUUGUUGUUGCACCGUUGUUCUGUUUCAGUCCGACCACCGUGAUGCUGGUUCUGUUUUCAGCAGCUUUGCCUUCAGGCUCCAGAUCUCCUCCACUGAGCUUCUUUUGAUGCUUUUGGUUUCUGUUCUCUGUCCUUCACAUCCUCCUCCUCUCCUCCCUCUCGCCGUCCGUCCACACUGUUCGUCGUUGGACCGAGGAGGUAGGAGGGGUUCUGAGCGUCGCUGCUCCUGAUGCUGACUCAUGGUGGCAACCGGAUGCAAAACGCUUCCAACCGGCGAAGCAAAGAAGUGACGUAGAAGGAGGGAUUUUUGCAGGUUUAGUUUGUGAGAGGUGGUGGAGAAGUGAGCCAACAUGGUGGCUGGGAUGGUGAUGCCGUCAGCCGACCUGAGGGCCGUCUAUGAGCUUCUGUUUAAGGACGGCGUCGUCGUGGUGAAGAAGGACAAGCGGCCGCAGUCGAUGCAUCGUGACAUCGACGGCGUGACCAACCUGAAGGUGCUCCGCGCGAUGGCCUCCCUCAAAUCUAGAGGCUACGUCAGGGAGACUUUUGUUUGGAAGCACGCCUAUUAUUACCUCACCGAUGAAGGAAUCGUACACCUUAGAGAUCACCUGCACCUGCCGCCGGAGAUCGUACCCGCGACGCUUCAACGCACGAAUGCAUCUUCAGGAAAAACCCUCAAACCUUACUUCUCAAAACCCCAAACUGAAAGAAGAAACCAAGAAGGACAUUCGGACAGGCAUGUUUACUGCCACAGGAGAGAAGAACCUGACGGACGUCCAAGAAGCUUUGGUCAAACUAGGGUUCAAAACUUGAUGGAUUUCAGGAGACACAAGGAAGAACUUUGGGCCGAAGAAGUUCACGAGAUGCCUCCUAAAGUCAAGGUGCAGAAGGUUGCAACCAAAGAGCCGACAGACGAGCUGGUUCUUGAUGAAAGAACCCUAAAUAUCUCCAGAAAGGUGGUUCCUCAGGUUGAAUCUGGUGCAAAUGUGGUGGUGGACCUUCAAACCGACCCUGAAAAGGAGGAGAAAAAUGAAGGAGAUGUUCUUGAGGAGGUGAUAGCUGCUGAUGUGGUGACCAGAGACGCCCAGGAGGAGUCUAAAUGUGAUGCUGUCGGGGUAAAGCAGCUGAACGUUGAGGUCUUUGGCUCCAUGAUGGAAGCUAAAACUCCCAACCAAGACUCAACACCAUCCAGGAAGGUCUCGGAGAAGACAGUUCCUCCUGAAGUCAUCUCUCGGGUUUACGUCGCCUCGAAAACUUUGUUGGGUUAUUCCGACCUUGCAGCUCCAUCAGAACGUCCAAUCAAUGCCCUGAGCUUCCCUCCACUUCAUGAAAACUGGAGCUCCAUGACUGGAGACCCUGAGAUGGAUGCAGAUGUUCAGGAGACCUCCUCAGAAGAAACUCCCCCCCGCCUCCCCUCCCACGCUCCCUCCUCACCUUUCACCCCCCCACACACCCUCGGCCGCCCUCCCACCUGCCUCCACAGCACCGGGACUCUCCACUUCGUAGCAGGCCCGAUGCCGGCGAGCCCCCCUGGACAUGUGUUCCCGACCCUGGUGGUCGUGGGCCACGUCGUGACCCUGAUCCUGGUCUGGCAGUGGAGGGUUCGCAAGAAGCAAGGCUCGGAGGAUCACAAAGCGGCCUUUUCUCUGCAGCAGCCGCCUGAAUCGGUGGAGGAAGCCACACCCAGUCGUGCUCCAGUGUUGGGCAGACGGUCCGUUGAGCCACAUUCAGCUCACGGCGGGAUCAGGUUCCCGUUUCUGGCUGGUGGUUUGCAGCCGUGA